UCAGACACGGUCAGUAAACACAGUCGCGCCGCUCUGUCAUUGGUCUGUGUCCCGCAGAGGAGCGUGAGGAGGUCUCCUCUAAAACAUCACACUGCUGCAAGGCGCUCAUAAAGACCAUCACACAGACAGAUUUUACAGAGCAACUCGGUGCACACUAAAGUGCACCCCAGAAAGGAAUGGUGGGCUAUGAUCCAGACUCCCCCGGCGUGACUCUCUCCCCAGAGGAAGCUGCUCUGGCCGGGUCAGUCGCAGGUAUGGUCACCCGUGCCAUCAUCAGCCCUCUGGAUGUCGUCAAAAUCAGAUUUCAGUUGCAGAUCGAGCAGGUGUCCUGGAGGAGUCGUCAGGGGAAGUACUGGGGUUUAUGGCAGGCCACACGCUGUAUUAUGACUGAAGAAGGACUUCCUGCUUUCUGGAAAGGUCACAUUCCUGCCCAGCUGCUGUCUGUGUGUUAUGGGGCAGUUCAGUUUGCGAGUUUCGAAGCCUUGACAGAGCUGGUCCAUAAGAAGACGAACUUUAACAGCCAAACACCCGGAAUUCAUUUCAUCUGCGGUGGUUUGGCUGCCUGCUCCGCCACCUUCGCCUGCCAGCCGCUGGAUACCCUCCGCACACGCUUCGCUGCUCAGGGCGAACCCAAGAUCUAUCGUAACCUCAGACAUGCCGUGGCCACAAUGUUUCACACAGAGGGGCCCUUCACCUUCUACAGGGGCCUCACACCCACCCUAGUGGCCAUGUUUCCAUACGCAGGCCUGCAGUUUUUCUUUUAUAAUAUCCUGAAGAAACUUCUGGAGCCCCAGGACACCAAAUCUAAAGGAGGUUUACACAGUCUGAUCAGCGGUAGUUGUGCUGGAGUCAUCAGUAAAACAAUCACAUAUCCCUUUGAUCUGAUAAAAAAGAGACUUCAAGUGGGUGGAUUUGAAGAGGCCAGGAUGAAGUUUGGACAGGUGCGGACAUAUCGUGGAUUUGCAGACUGUGUGAGGGGGAUCGGCAGAGAGGAAGGGCUCCGGGGUUUCUUUAAGGGUCUCUCCCCCAGUCUAUUGAAGGCCGCUCUGUCCACAGGCUUCACCUUCUUCUGGUACGAGUUCUUCAUCAAUGCCAUUGUCAGCCUCAAGAGCAGCUAGUGAGCAGUGAGAGAAACCCCACAGACGUCCUUGAGAGAGAUUUUAGAUCAUCAGAUGGAACUCCGUGUGUGUUUUAUGGUGUGUAGAUGUAUUAGGAUGUAAAGUAAAGAGGGACCAGUAGCUGCUCUCAAAACACAGGCACUGAGUCAGGAGCUGUUUUAUCACACCAGAAAGACAUAUUUUACCUCUGACUCGCUCUACUAAAGCCUUGAACUGAACAAUCAGCUGAAAUGUACCUGUUUACGUGAAACAGUGAACUCUACCUCUUGUCUCUCUCAACUGGAGACUGGAAAACCAUUGUUACACAUAUUAAGAUUUUAAAUUUAAGUUUUGUCAUAAUGUCUGUAUGUUUUGGUUUGCACUCUGCAUUAGGAUCUAUUUUAUUGUUUGUAUACAUAACACUGGAAAUCAGAAUGUUUAGCUUACUAGCUUUUGGAGUUUUGCAUUUCAAAAAUAUUUAAAAUACAUACUCAAUACAGUGCAUGAAAUAUUCAGUCAUCUGUUUUCUACAGUUUCAUUUCAGGUUUUUUGUUUGUGUGUGUGCUUUGUCGUUAAGGUUUUUAAAUCGUGAAUGGUCAAAAAUUUUAUGAAUAAUUUUUUUUUUUUAAAUGUAUGUUCCGUACCGUAUUAACUGAUGGAUGAAGAUUGUUUGGAACAGUUUGAACCUCUAUGUUUCCUGUUACUCUGGGUUUAUUUGUGCCCAUAUUUAUGCAUUUUUUUAUUGUACUUUCUCACUGCCAUUAGUAAAAACAAACUCUCUUCCGAGGUUCAUAGUGGUUUUACUUUUACACCUGUGUACUCAUGUACAAAAACACAUAGCUUUCAUAUUACAAAGAUGUAUGGCAUACAAAUGGGUGACAUGUGAGAUAAAAAAAACAACUAUUUUUCUAAUAAAAUUAUUUUAUUUAAAUUUU